ACGCCACAAAAGAAGAAAACAGUUCAGCUGAAAGAAAAGCACAAAAUGUCGGAUAUUUCAGAGGAAGAGUGGAAAAGAGCUCUGACUUCCAUAGUGGAGGAGCUGGAGGAUGAUCAGUACAUAAAGAUGCUGGAAUUUUUGGUAGACAUCCCAAAAAGUCAGAAGUCUAGCACGUCCAGAGAAAAGAUGCCUGGAAAAAUCAUUGAGCACUACGGACUACUAAAGUCCAUCUCCGAAAUCGAUAAAGCAAUGGAUUACAUACCGAGGAGGGACCCUAAAAUCCAGGACCUGCUGCGCCCCUUUGUGGACAAACUGAGGAAUGAACAGGAGAACAAGAACCAGGGGAAGAAAAGAAAACGUGAGCAGGAUGGAGAGGAAGAAGUGUUGAGAGAUUUGACCCAAGAUCAGCCUAAAAUCCUCGAUCAACAGAAGAGCAGCCAACCUGACAAGAAAUCCAUCCGUGAUGUGAAACUGAGUGGAAUUCUUGAGACAGACGUCAUAGUUGGGAAAGUUGUUCAGAAAUCUGAACUACGCACAUAUAAAAACAAAAACAAAAACUUCUUUUUUCUGGCUGUUGCUGAUGAGACGGCCAGCAUUAAAGUGAUGGUAUAUGGGAAAAAACGCUUCCAACAAAUUAAGGAGGGGAGCUCCUACUCGUUCAGAAAGCUAAUAAUGGAUGAGUAUAGUGUUAAGGUUAUUGAGUCAAGCACAGUGGCACAGAGGAGAUCUGUUGAUGUCCCAGAGGAGAUUGAGACAGAAGCUCAGAAGCUACUUCAUCCAGAAAGUCCAGUUUACUCCAUUAAAGAAGCCAAGUCAUUUGAUAACAAGAAAAAAGUGAGUGUGAAAGGAGAAGUUACAGAGAUUGAUCCUGUCAAAAAGACUAAGGUGAAGGGCGAACGGAAGUUGACAAAGAAGCAACAUUUUCAACUUAAAGACGAGACUGAUUCCAUCGAGAUCGUUAUGUGGAGGGAAGCCACCGAGCAAUGCAAAGGAUUAUCAAAGGGAGAUGUCGUUAAGGUUACCAACAUGAAGACCAAAGAGUACUUUGGAAAAAUAUCGCUGAACUCAACUGGAAACACCAGAAUUGAAAAGAUGUCAUUGAAGCUUUUAGAGGCAAAGUGGAAAACAGCCCUGAGCUCCAUCCUGGAGGAGCUGACUGAGCCAGAAUUCAGGAAAAUGCUGUUUAAUUUGGCCAAAAUCCCUCAAGGAGUGAAGACUGGCAAGGCCAGAGAAUAUAUCCCUGAUUUAAUCGUUCAGUACUACGGGACAGAAGGGUCCAUCUCUGAAAUAGAUAAAAUAAUGAAGAAUAUACCAAGGCAAGACGCUGCAGUCCAGGAGCCGCUGCGUCCCUUUGUGGAGAAACUGAAGAAACAACGCCAAGGAAAAAAAGAGAUGACGAGAAAACUUUCAAUUGACUCAGGAUCAGUGGCCGAAAAGCAAAAACUUCCAGCUGAUCAACUGAAGAGCUGCCAACCUGACCAGAAGAAAACCAUCAGUCAACUUGGCAUAAAAGCGCAAGCUGGGAAAGUUGUGCAGAGUUCUGCUCAGUGCACAAAUGAGAAAAAAAAGAUGGAUCCUGAAGCCGUGAAGCCCAAAAAAAAGACAGAGAAGGAAGAUUCAUCCCUGAAGCAUCAAGCAUCAGCAUCAAUUAAUAUGGAUCCUGUUGGAGCCGUGAAGCCCAAAAAGAAAACAGAGAAGCAAAAUUCAUCCCUGAAACCAUCUGAAAUCUCCAAAACCUUCACGGUAGCUGCAUCUGUUUCACCUGAGAUGGAUCCUGUUGAAGCCGUGAAGCCCAAAAAUAAGACAGAGAAGCAAGAUUCGUCCCUGAAAACAGCCAAAUCCUCCAAAACCUCCAAGGCUCUAGGUGCUGCUGUCCAGACUGGGAGGAUUCAAAUAAUGGAAAUCAAAAAGUCCAAUAAGACGAACACUCACCUUGAGGUAGAGUUCAAUGACCGGAGGCAGACGGUUUAUGUGACAAGUCGACUUCUGGCAAACAUAUUUGGCAUCAAAGUGGAAGAUGAUUUUGAAAAGUCAUUCCGCUAUCUAAUGCCCCUCACUGCAGAAGCAACAUUACAAGGAAAUAAAAUCACAGACAUUAAAACGAUGUGAAAAAGGGGUGCUUGGUAGCUCACUUGGUAGAGCAUGCGCCCCAAUAUGCAAAGGCUGUAAUCCUAACCAUGUUAAGCAUCCCCUCUCUCUUUUCCCCGCUUUCCUGUCAAUCUUCAGUUGUAAUAAUAAAGGCGAUAAAGCCAAAAAUAUAUAAAAAAGAUGCAUAUCUGUAGAAGGCAUACGCUUUUUACUUACUGUACUGUGGUUGUGCAGGGAGCCCACCUAUGUGUUAAGUUAGGAUGGUGGGGAAGUGUCGGUGGGAUACUCCCAGUGCUCCACCAGUGGGUGGUUGGCUGCACGACCAUUGUACGAGUGUCUGUCCUUUUUCUAUUAAUAAAAGAGCCCCUUAUGGCGGUUAACCCAC